GUUGGUUGAUCUUGGUUAGCCACUACAGUCACGCCGUUGACUCCUCCCAUUUCCGGUAUCUUCACAACACUUUCCCGCUCUGAUUACAGAGACGUACUCUCAACGGCUCAUUGACAGCAGACAGAGGUGUUAAUUUACAGAGAAAAUGAGGGAAUGCAUCAGUGUGCAUGUAGGACAGGCUGGAGUCCAGAUGGGAAAUGCAUGCUGGGAAUUGUAUUGUUUGGAGCAUGGUAUUCAACCUGAUGGUCAGAUGCCCUCUGAUAAAACUGUGGGAGGGGGAGACGACUCUUUCAACACUUUUUUCUGUGAAACUGGAGCGGGAAAACAUGUGCCUAGAGCAGUGUUUGUUGACCUAGAAUGUACAGUUGUUGAUGAGAUAAGAACAGGGACAUACAGACAACUCUUUCAUCCUGAACAAUUGGUAUCUGGUAAAGAAGAUGCUGCCAAUAACUAUGCCAGAGGUCACUACACAAUUGGUAAAGAGAUUGUAGACAUGGUACUUGACAAAAUUCGUAAACUGGCAGAUCAGUGUACUGGUUUACAAGGUUUCCUCAUAUUUCAUAGUUUUGGUGGCGGCACUGGAUCAGGAUUUACUUCCCUGCUCAUGGAACGUCUCAGUGUUGAUUAUGGAAAGAAAUCUAAAUUAGAAUUUGCUGUGUAUCCAGCUCCUCAAAUUUCAACUGCUGUUGUUGAGCCGUACAACUCCAUCUUGACCACUCACACAACUCUUGAACACUCAGACUGUGCCUUUAUGGUUGACAAUGAGGCUAUCUAUGACAUAUGCAGACGUAAUUUAGAUGUAGAGAGACCAUCUUACACAAAUUUAAACCGACUUAUUGGUCAGAUUGUCAGUUCCAUAACUGCUUCUUUAAGAUUUGAUGGUGCAUUAAAUGUUGACCUAACUGAGUUCCAGACCAACUUAGUGCCAUAUCCCCGCAUUCAUUUCCCACUAGCUACAUAUGCACCAGUCAUUUCUGCAGAAAAAGCUUACCAUGAACAGUUAUCUGUUGGUGAGAUUACCAAUGCUUGUUUUGAACCAGCCAAUCAAAUGGUAAAGUGUGACCCACGCCAUGGCAAGUACAUGGCUUGUUGUAUGUUAUACAGGGGUGAUGUAGUCCCCAAAGAUGUCAAUGCCGCCAUCGCAACAAUAAAGACCAAAAGAACCAUCCAGUUUGUUGAUUGGUGUCCUACUGGUUUCAAGGUUGGAAUCAAUUACCAACCACCAACUGUUGUACCAGGAGGUGACUUGGCUAAGGUACAGAGAGCAGUAUGUAUGUUGAGCAACACGACUGCCAUUGCUGAAGCUUGGGCGAGGCUUGAUCACAAAUUUGACUUGAUGUAUGCCAAAAGAGCUUUCGUUCACUGGUAUGUAGGAGAGGGUAUGGAGGAAGGUGAGUUUUCUGAGGCUAGGGAAGACUUGGCUGCUCUAGAGAAAGAUUAUGAAGAAGUUGGUGUUGAUUCUGCUGAUCAAGAAGGAGAAGAGGAGGGGGAAGAAUAUUAAUUCUAAACUUUGGGUUUUAUGUUGCAUACAAGGAACAGAAUUUGUGCUUUCAGUAUAUUAUGCUGCAAUGUUGUGAACAGAAUUUGUGCUUUGAGUAUAUUAGUGUAUGCAUACAUGAAAUUAAAGUCAUAUUAUUACUCAAUAGGCAAAAUUGGUUUUAAUUACAUUAAAUUUCAUUAAUCAGAGUUUUGACAUAAAUGAUAUAUAUAUUUGUACACUUGUCUUAUUAUGUGAAGAAAAUUAAGAACAUAAUGUAGCGUUCAUUAGGACAUUUAAAUCAUGUAAUUUUUUAAAUAUUUUUUUACAGUUUUGUUGGUUAAAAUGAUUAGCAACUUUCUUGACCUUAACAUUUUGUAAUGACUUUAUUUCAUAGUGAAAGUAUUCAAUCUUUCAUCUGUCUGGUGUCAAGAUAAUUUUUCAGCAAGGGUUAAAGUAAUUUGAUUUAAACAACAGUUUAUGUAAUUUAAGAACACCUCACAAUGUAGAGUGAAGAAAAUUAAUGUCAAAACGAUUAACAAUUCAAUUGUACAUAAACUGUUUUAACAUGAACACAGUUAGUGGCAAAACUAUAGGAUAGACUUGAUAUAGAAGCUAGGAAAAGUUUCAAAUGAAGACCAUUUUUUCACACCAAAAAAGCAUUUUGGAGAGACUAUCCUAUUGAUAUUUGAUUAGUAACUUUUUCACUACUAAUUUAUAACAGUCUUAUUUUUUACCUUUUUAUGAGUUCAUCAUUUAGCAAAUGUACUAUAGAUACUUACUUUUUGUUGGGAAGUUGUGUAUACACAUGAAGUAUGUGUUUGAUCAUGUGAUUUUGAAGGGAAAUGUAUAAUUUAUAUUUACGUCCAUAUUGGAUUCAUACACAUUAAAUGUUCAAUUGGUUAAUGAAAA